ACACAAUUAAUAAUUAUUAUCAAAAAACCAAAAAAACUAAAACAAACACAAGAAGAAGAAGAAGAAUCAUCAUCACGGACUUCAAACUUCAUUUCUGAUAGCCAAUCUCUCUCUGAAUUGACAUUAAGGAGCAGGAUUUGUGAUCGAGAAUUGUGGCGGUUGUAUAAUUAGCAUCAUGAGAUUCAAAAAAGGGAGCAAUGUGGAAGUCCUGAGGAAAAAGGAGGUGCCUUCAGGAUCUUGGUGGUGUGCCAAGAUCAUCUGCCGUGACGGCCACAAGUAUACUGUUAGAUAUGGAGUAGAGGUUGCUAAUGAUGAGACUGUUGUGGAGAGGGUACACAGAACAGCAAUCAGGCCUUGCCCUCCUCCAGUGGAAGUUACAGAGAGUUGGGUUCCUGGUGAUAUUGUGGAGGUUUUUGACAAUUUCUCAUGGAAAAUGGCAACCAUUUCUGAGGUUUUAGGAAACAAGUACUUUUUGGUCAGGAUAGUUGGAUCCUGCCGGGAAUAUAAGGUUGGGAAACUGGAAGUUCGAGUUAGACAGUUCUGGCAAGAUGACAAAUGGGUUGUGGUUGGAAAGGGUUCAAGUCAAUAUGAUAAUGGAAAGCAAGGUGCAAUCUUGAGUCUAAAAGCUCAGAAAGUCAGUUUCAAGAAGUCCCACACUGCAUCCUCUCAGAAUCUGAAGAGAGGAUCAUCACACUUGCAAGAUGAAUCAUAUGGUGGAGCUACUGAGAAGUUUCGAGCAGUUGAGAGAGAAGGCAGGUGUCAAAGAGUCAUUGCUAGCAACUUAUCUAGGUUAGCUGAACAUGUAGAUGUUGCUUUGCCAAGUCGGAUGCUGGGUGGAAAAGAAAUAUGUGCUUCUCUGAACAACAGAACAACUGUAUUGUCUGAGGUUGAUUUAGUAAAGAGGAAACCGAGUGGUAAUGCUGGGUGUUUGUUUUCUGUUAACUUGAAGUCAGAUGAUGUUGAUACUGUUACGUGCUCAGUAGGUAGUUGUAGCAUCGGUAGCAAUGAUCCCUAUAAGUCACCUCAUCAUGUUUCUUCUGGUUCUACUGGAGAUUUCAAAGACCAGUUUUGUGAUGCUGAAUCUGUUUGUCACUUGGGAUAUGAGGAAGGAAACUCUGUCCUUCCCACAAAGAAAGAAUUGGCAGCUGAGAUCCAUAGGUUAGAGCUGCAAGCCUACCGUUGCACGAUAGAGGCAUUGCAUGCAUCAGGACCUUUAAGCUGGGAACAAGAAGAAUUGGUGACAAAUCUUCGUCUUUCGCUUCAUAUAUCGAAUGAUGAACAUUUAAUGGAGCUUAGAAACUUAAUUUCUGCAGAUAACAACAUUCAUAUUAGAUGACAGGAAAACUAGAAUUAUGUCUUGUGAUUCUUUUCUUCCUUCUAGGUGUAGAAUCUGAUGAAUGAUUUUCAUAAUGACCUGGCUGCACUGUAAGAAACAAGACGAGUUGUUUUCAUAUCCUUUUGUAUUUAGUUAAAACACAUAGUGGUUCAGAUCAAAGUUUAAACUCUAUGUAGUACAAACCUUUUUAAGUACG